AUGCAUUUGCAGUGUGGUAUAAUUUUGUUCGUGUUAAAGUACGUUAGCGCUGCCCCAAAAUUAAGUGCCGUGUUUAAUCCAGCUUAUGAUACUGGAUAUAACGAGUAUUAUGAUCGACCCAAGUACGCUUUCAAUUACGGCGUGGCGGACCCUUCGACGGGCGAUGUGAAAUCUCAACAUGAAACAAGAGAUGGUGAUAUAGUAAAAGGUCAAUAUUCUCUAGUAGAACCGGAUGGUUCUAUACGAACGGUAGACUACACAGCUGAUCCAGUCCGAGGUUUUAACGCCCUGGUUUCGAAGAGCGGUCCCAGUGUACAUAUAGCGCCGCAGGUUCAGCGGCAACAUGUACAGCCGGUGAUACAAUAUGUGGCGAAACCUGUUGCCGUGCCGGUGCAAGUGCCUAAGCAAUUUAUUCCUCAAAUUUAUGCGUCACCGUCGCCAUUUUUGUAUCCCAAGAUUGAAACUGUUCAAUUUCCUGAGUACGACGGCUUUGAAGGCUACGAUGGACCACCACAACAAUUCUAUUAA